GCGCCCGCGCCCCCGCGCCGCCCCGGACUUUCUGCAUGACUGUCACAAAGAUGUCCUGGCGACCGCAAUACCGCAGCUCCAAGUUCCGGAAUGUCUACGGAAAGGUGGCCAACCGGGAGCACUGCUUCGACGGGAUCCCCAUCACCAAGAACGUGCACGAUAACCACUUCUGCGCUGUCAAUGCACGCUUCCUGGCCAUCGUCACCGAGAGCGCGGGAGGUGGCUCCUUCCUUGUCAUCCCCCUGGAGCAGACUGGCAGGAUUGAGCCCAACUACCCCAAGGUCUGCGGUCAUCAGGGCAACGUCCUGGACAUCAAGUGGAACCCCUUCAUCGAUAACAUCAUUGCCUCGUGUUCGGAGGACACGUCGGUGCGGAUCUGGGAGAUCCCCGAGGGGGGGCUGAAGCGGAACAUGACAGAGGCGCUCCUGGAGCUGCAUGGGCACAGCCGGCGCGUGGGGCUGGUUGAAUGGCACCCCACCACCAACAACAUCCUGUUCAGCGCCGGUUACGACUACAAGGUCCUCAUCUGGAACCUGGACGUGGGUGAGCCAGUGAAGAUGAUCGACUGCCACUCAGAUGUGAUCCUCUGCAUGUCUUUCAACACCGACGGCAGCCUGCUCACCACCACGUGCAAGGACAAGAAGCUGCGCGUGAUCGAGCCCCGCUCUGGCCGCGUGCUCCAGGAGGCCAACUGCAAAAACCACAGAGUGAAUCGGGUGGUGUUCCUGGGGAACAUGAAGCGACUUCUCACGACAGGGGUCUCCAGGUGGAACACGAGACAGAUCGCCCUUUGGGACCAGGAGGACCUAUCCAUGCCAAUGAUCGAGGAGGAAAUUGAUGGACUGUCCGGUCUCCUAUUCCCCUUCUACGAUGCUGAUACCCACAUGCUCUACCUGGCUGGAAAGGGAGAUGGAAACAUCCGGUACUAUGAGAUCAGCACUGAGAAGCCCUACCUGAGUUACCUCAUGGAGUUCCGCUCCCCAGCCCCCCAAAAAGGCCUAGGGGUCAUGCCCAAGCAUGGACUGGAUGUGUCGGCCUGCGAGGUAUUCCGCUUCUACAAGCUGGUGACUCUCAAGGGCCUGAUCGAGCCCAUCUCCAUGAUUGUGCCCCGGCGGUCGGAUUCCUACCAGGAAGACAUUUACCCCAUGACGCCCGGCACGGAGCCAGCGCUGACCCCCGAUGAAUGGCUGGGAGGCAUCAACCGAGAUCCCGUGCUCAUGUCUUUGAAAGAAGGCUACAAGAAGUCCUCCAAAAUGGUAUUUAAGGCUCCCAUCAGGGAAAAGAAGAGCGUUGUGGUCAAUGGAAUAGAUUUAUUAGAAAAUGUGCCACCCAGGACAGAGAACGAGCUCCUCCGAAUGUUCUUCCGGCAGCAGGAUGAGAUUCGGCGGUUGAAAGAGGAGCUGGCCCAGAAGGACAUCCGCAUUCGGCAGCUCCAGCUGGAACUGAAAAACUUGCGCAACAGCCCCAAAAACUGUUAACUCCCAGGCUGGGCUGCUUUCUAAGGCCAUCUCUCCGUUGUUUCUACUUGUUCCUUAACUUCCCUUUAUCCAGUGACCCCAGAGACAGAGCCAGGACUGGAGCUGGGGAGCACCUGAGGACCCCACCUGUCUCCUCAAGAACUGGAAGCUGAUCUUUGACCUCAUGCUAGAAAAGCCCCAGCCUCUCCUGGAGGCCCGCCGCUGGCAGCACCUUUUCUUGCCACCCCAGGAGCCUUCCUUUCUGCUGGGCAAAGACCACGGACUCCCUGAGGGGUGCCCUCAAUGGACCAGGGAGCAGAGGGGAAAGCCAAGAUACCAGUAGACUUAGAACUUGAACUUUCCCCGGACAGAGAGGACUGUCAGGACAUCGUAGCACUCCUAACUGGGACUCACAGAGUCCCUGAGGGACCACACUGUAUGGGCUGACCCCAGGCUUCAGUUGGUCUCCCUCCCCUCUGCCCACCACCCUGACUUGCCCCGGGAGCCCUGGAAGCCUGACUUACCUGACCAGGGUUGCAAGCAGCCUAGCUCCUUUCUGUCUCUUGCCUAGCCCUUCUUGUCUUCAGGGAAUUCAGAGAAUUGCUCACUAAGGCCAUAAUGACCCCUUGCCUUCCCAUGAUUCUCUUUAAAGCUCUUGUAUACCCUUUCCCAUUUGCUUUGUGAGGCAGACAGGGUAGGGACUAGUGUUCCCAUCUUAUAAAUGAUGGAACUGUGGGAUGCAGGGGAGUGACUUGCUAAGUCGGCCAGCAGGUCAACUCUGGCCCCGGGCCCAGGGCCUGGGGUGGCCAGACCCCGAGGCCAGGGCCCGCUCACUGUGUCAAGAUGCCAAUCCCAUCCAGGGCUGUGGAGAAGAAAAGUUGAGGUCACUUCUGCUGUCUGCCCCACACCGGUAGUGCCAAUGCCAUGCUGCCCAGUGGAGGCCCCUCACACUCGGAGCCCUGCAUCCUCCCAGUCCCCACCCUCUGCUCUUGCCUGGCAGGGGACUGACUCCAGCUGAGAUGAGGCCUCUUCCUCUGGAGGCUGAGGAGGGUGGAGCUUGGCCCUGAGAAAGGCAGAGCAGGGGCUGCCUGCUUCCGGAGAUGUGCAUCUCUCCCACUGCUGUCUCCACACUCAGCCUUCCGCUUGUAGAAUGGCCACACCCCUCACUCUAGUAUCGCACUUUAAAGUUUACACGAUCAUUUAACCGUAGGAGCUCACCUGGGCCUCACACCCACCCCAGGAGGCCGGGAUUAUUCUCUCCAUCUUGCAGGUGAGGAACUGCAGAGUGGCCCCAGGUCAUGGGACUCUGGGGUGCCACAUCUCAUGUUGUCUUCUACAGCUUUUCUUUUCUCCCUCCUUUUCCCCCUUCAUUUCCUAUGACCACACGGGGUCCAUAAACACUGUUCUUCCUAGAAAAGUCACAGCUUGGGGGUGAGGUCUGGCCUGGGGGUCAGGAAAUGAGUGUCCCUUCUCCUCUCAUUAGGUAGGAUCUGCUAGAUACAUAUAUCACACCCGCUUUCCUGUGGCCACUCUACAGAACCUCAAUCCACAGAGCCUGGGGCUCCCAAAGCCCUGGGCAGGGGAAGGACCCCCACUCCUGGAGCUUUUCCUCCAAGAACUUUCCACCCUCUUGGCCAGCUGAAGAGUGUCAACUCUCAUCUCCCCAUAUUUCUUGAGCCUUUUUUUUUUUCUUCCCCACAGACCUUUGUGGUCUUCUGUGAUUAUUUAUGCUGCCUCCCAAGAAUAGAAUUGAAAUAAAAUGUUUUCAACUUAUCAAACGUGGGCAUAGCCAUCUCAUUUAACCCGGGGUAAGUCCUGCUCUGGGGCACCGUGGAAUCUUGAUGAUCAUUUCCCCAGCCACAGCUGUUGUCUUUCUGUAACAACAAACCACACCUGUAUCUACAGAUAACAUUUCAUACUUUCAUUCAUGUAUAGCGAGGAUUCUGAGCCUCAGCUCUGUCAACACUUGGGGUCAGAUAAUUCUUUGCAGUGAGGGCUCUCCUGAGCAUUAGAAGAUGUUCAGCAGCAUCCCCGGCCUGCACUAAUCAGAGGCCAUAGCAACUCCCACCCAGUUAUGGCAACCAAAACCAUCUCCAGAUAUUGCUCUAUGUCCCCUGGGGUAUCAAAAUCAACCCUGGUUGAGAACCAAUGUUCUGCAGUCAUUCAGUAGGCAUCUGCAUGUACCCAUCUGUGUUGGGGCCCGGGGGACACCAUUUUAUAUUAGAAUGAUAUUUCACAGUUCACAAAGCAUUACUUCAUAUACUUGAUUUUUUAGUCUUCACAGCAGCUCUAGGUGGUAUAUUCUAAUAUUCUUCCCAUUUCCAAGAACUGGCAGGUCCAGUUCAGGGAGCUGCAUGCACCAGGUCCCUCUGCUGCCGUGGCGGGGCACACACAGGAGGACAUGAAUCUUUAGAGGCAGGAGCAAGGGGAGGUGCAUGCUCCUGGUCCUGAGCCGGACUUGACGCAGGAAGUCAGUUCUGGGAGGAGGGCUGGGGCCCAGCAGGAGACAGGUCGCUGGGGCCCCCUCACUCUCCACCAAGUCAGGGUUGUCAGGGAGCAGAGUAGUAAGGCUGUGCAGUGGACAGAUACGUAGUGGUGGGAUGCCGAGCCCGUCCCCAUGGCCAUCCUCCCCACCUUGUGCUCCCUUCUUUUCUCCAGGUGAGCCCAUCUUGGGCUAAACUUCAGUUCCUGUUCUUGUAAGUGAAGGCCCUCUUGGCAUGCCUCAAACUCUUGUCCUGUCCUCCAACACUUAGUUGGAUUUUCAACUCCUUUCCUGUCCCCCAGCACCCACUUGGUUUUCUACCACUCACUCAAUAGCUGAUCUACUCAGUAUCAGGUGCUGGAAACACAGAGGUAGGAAAGAGCCAGGCCUGCCCUUGAGGGGACCCAGCCAAUAGCCAAUCUAUGGUCAUCUCAUCGCCCAAUGGAAUGCAAAACCCCGGAGGCUGGAAUGAACUUCACCCUCUGCCAGCUUCAUUUUGGGCAUUUGCUGACUCCUGUUAGCCUCCUGAGAGCCCAAGAUGGGCUUGGGCAUUUUUAGACUCUCUCCUGGCUCUGGGCAAACCUCCCAGACUGUCAAUGGACUGUGCAGAUCGUGGCUGCUCUUCACUGUGGGAAAUGACUUCAUCUUGAAAACACCCCCACCCCAAGGCCUCCACUGCUCAGCCUUCCUGCUGGGAGGGGCUGCUGGAGCAGGAGCAGACUCAGCCUCCACCACAGGAAACAUUGCCUGGCCCCUCUCCUCCCGGGAUCAGCCUGCCCAGGCACCACAAGGCGUGGGGUGGAGAGAGGAAGAGGCCCCUGUCUGGGAUGUUGGCAGAUGCUCCUUGUUGUCUUUGCAUGUCUGUUUCUGUUUGGGAAACAGUCUACAACCUGUCUUUCCUUGGAGUUUUCAUUCUGUGAUAUAACGAAUGGGUGAGCCUUGCUUAGAGCAAAAAGGUAAGCUUCUACAGGUUGGGCAGGGGAGUUCCAGGAUCUCCUACUGGAGCCCUCCCUCGUCCUGGCCUGUCACACUGCCUGGAAUUCUCUGAGCCCAGAGUUCCAUUGGGUCAAACAUUGUUCUUGCCAAAGUCCUUUCCUACACAGAUGCCCCUGGAGUGUGGGUGAUAAUGUGAGCAGAGUCAACUGAGUGAAGGGAAAAUAUGAGGAUAAUGAAAAAGGGUGGAUCCCUGGGGGAGGAAAUAGGUCAGGACACUGUGGACAGAGGUCUAGGAUUUCAAGAUCACAGAGAUUAAGGCAAGAUUCAAAGACCUGGGAGAGUUUGCUAGAAGCUUGAAUCCAGCCAGCAGGGGGCAGAUUAUGGCCUUCAAACAAACCCAUUUUUCUUAAACUGGGUCCCUUUUGCCACCUCCUACCCCACCUCAGAGUUGAUGACCUGGCCAUAGGCACCAGGAUUUAUGGCAACACAGGCCCCCAGAAUAGGCUGGAUCAGAAAUAUCCCAAGUACAGGAGAGGUGAGAUUCAAAAGGGGGAAAGGGGUGGGAGCAGGAUAUCUCUGUCCCCCUCUGCCCCAGGAAAGAUGUCCAAGCAGGCAACAGAGGAGGGCGUUCACCUCCCUUCUCCUGAGGCCGCCUGCCCUGAUGAGCUGAGAGAUGAGAUCUGGAUGCCCAGCCCAGCCCAGUCCCUGACCUGCUCUGACCUUCAGCGGCUUCUCCACAGGGACAAUGACAGGGAGGGAGGGGUCUGGGGUGUCAGCCAUUGGGUGAGCUGAGGAGGGCCAAAAGGAAGAGCCAGGAACCUAAGGGGGAGAGAAGAAAUGCAGGGGAGAGAGGAGUAGGGGACCAGGCCUGACUUUGAGGUCAGACACUGAACCUUUGCCCAGGGAGACUGGACUCCACACUGGGUGACAAGGAGCCAAGGAAGGGGUAGCUGGGAUGAAUACCCCCCUCUGCUGCUGCAGGGGAAAGGGUUAAGGGACAGUGGUGAAGCAGGGGGCCAGGGUUGAUAGACCAGUGGUCCACAGGGGGACGGUGGGGGGACAGACAGAGGUCAGGGAAGACUUCCGAAUGGACUUCUUAAGCAGGGGGGAGGCAGGAGAGAUGGGAUGGUUGGGAAAGGGAGAGGGACAUGUUAUUAAGACCCCCCCGGAAUGGAGCCAGAGCUGGGAUUUGUUGAGCUUAGAAAAUGAAUUGGGUUUUUUAUUACUGAAAGACCUGGCUGUCCCUGGCGGCUGCUUGGCACUGUCAUGGGCAAGACCCCCGGCUCCCUCUAGGGUUUCCCCUAACUCACCUCAUAACAGUUUGUCAGGAUGACUGAAAUUUACAAUUUGUCCCUCCUUAAAGUACAUCAUAUGUGAAGAUAAUGAAAAUACAUAUAAGUUAUUUCUCUUUCUCUCCUUUCCUGCUGGGAGAUUUGAGACAGUUUUCGUUCAAAAACUAUUCUAUCAAAUAUUUAUCAAGUGCCUUUUCUGCAUCAAGUAUUAUCCUAAGUACUGGGAUUAAAGAAAUGAACAAGAUGUGAUUCUUGCUCCCAAAGAGGCUCCAUUUUACUUAUAAUUAAAAUUCAUACAUAAACUGGACAGAAAAAUAUGGCUCAAAGUACUGAUUAACAGUGACUAUCAGG